UGAGUUAACUUCCGUUUCAAAGGAGCAGCAACGUGCCAGUUUAGUUUAGCUGAAAAGUUUAUUUUGUAAAAUUCAGAUUCAUGUUGUUGAUCGGGUAGUCGUGUCUUGCCGUGAUGUUUCCACCGGUUCAAUCCACGGCCGGAGCCGUGUCGGUCUGAGAUGGGACGGGUGAGCUGUUAGCAGGUUGCUAACGCUGUGCUAACUCAAGUUUUAUUUUUAUUUACCAGUUCGUAUCAUGUUACUUAAAAUACACUGGAAUAUAUAUGGCUCAAAGAGAGCGAGUUGGAAAUUAAAUGAGUAAUAAACCCGAGCGGAAACAUUAACAUUGUGUUCGAGGGUGAACUGUGAGAACUGUGCCACCCAAGUAAAGAGCAAAGAAAUGGAGCUGGAGGAGUUCAGUCCUUUGGAGCCUCGACUGAAAUAUCCUCUCAACCUGAACUGUGUCUCCGAGGACCUGGAUGAAAGACCAAGGCAGACUGCAGAGCCAGAAGUCAUGGCUGGAAGGAGCGAGGACUCUGAAGAAGGCACCUGGGACCCUGAGUGCAAGGGGGGCAGUGAGAAUGAAGAGCAGGUGGAUGAUGGGAAAUUUGAAAGGAGACUCUCAAAGAUCAGUCAACAAGUUUUGGAAAGGAAAAAUAAGAUUGAGGUUAUGGAGGUGGAAGAGGAGGGGAAGCCGGGAGACGAGUCCGAGCCAGGAUCUGAAGGAUACACGGACAGUGAAAAUGAAGCUGAGCUGCGAUUCAAACCUGCUUUCAUCCCCAAAUAUGAAGUCAAACAACCUCAAACACUGUUAAAAUCAGAUACUAAUGGUUCUGACAGUUUGGGUAGCCUUUUACCCCCUAUUAAGUUGUUGCUCAGACAGAUUUCAAAGCCUGAAGGUGUAGCUAUAAACAUGCACAGCUCUGAUGAUGGUAUGCGCCGCUCUGACUGUGAGGAGAGCAGUGUGGAUGAAGAGUCCGAGGAGACAGUGGCUAAUGAGGAAAUCGAGGAGAAAGGCGCAACGAAAUGUCCGCAAGCCACGGAGAGAGAGCCGGAGGCCGUAAAGGUGAACUUGGUGCCUGGACCUGUCAACUUGGUUGAGCAGAUCAGCAACCUCACGCAGUGUGCUGAACGUUUUCCAGAGAGGCAGAGUCUUUCUGAAGAGAGGAUGGGUAAAGGUUCACCACUCUGUGAAAAACUGCGAGAGAAAAUAGUGGAACAAUUCAAGAAUAACGUCCCUCAGCGGAAAAUUGCAAAAAACUUAGGGAUUGCGUUGUCGACGGUGCAUAAUAUCAUUAAAAGAUUCCGAGAAUCGGGACAAAUUACUGUACGCAAAGGACAAGGCCGAAAACCAAUAUUGACUGGCUGUGAUAUUCAGGCCCUCCGGCAGCACUGCAUGGAAAACAAACUGGAUUCUGUUGUGGAAAUCACUGCCUGGGCUCAGAAGCACUUUGGAAAAACACUGUCUGUGAACACAGUUCGCCGCUGCAUUCAUAAAUGCUAGCUUAAAAAUUGAAGAAACCAAUGUUAACAUGAAGAAAUGCAGCUGUUUUCCUGGCGCAUGACUCGCCCUACUAAAGUCAUGGAAAAGUGUGCUAUUCUAGUUUGUGAUUUAGAACACACUUUUAAAGGGAUCAUCUGUGAUGGUAUGGAGCUACAUUAGGUGUACAUGCAAUGAGUAAUUUGGACAUAUUCAAAUUUCUUUCAUGUUGAUUAAUUUUUACAGGUUUUGAACCUGCGUAUGCCUUCAUGCAGGUUACACCUUUUGCAGGAAAAACUUGGCCUAUUCCACUGAAAACAAGUCAAACCACAUAGAGUAUAAAGGCCAUGUUUCAACGAGGGCAAGAUGCAGUCAUUCUUCUGCCACUUCAAUAAAUGGCAUGAGAAAUAUUAGUUGGUUAAACCAACCAGUGCUUAUUUAACAACUCCUUAGCAAUGUGCCACCAAAUUCAACCUACACUUUUGGAUUUUAACCUGCUGCUGCUUGUACUACUCACAUUGAGACCCAUUUUAUGUUAUUUGAACAAUCAUUGUAGCCCAGUCUAGGGUUUUUUUUAACACUAACAAUAAAGACAUGCCUUUUCCUUGUACACAGUAUCUUAUUGUUGCAUCUAUUAUUCCAGAUUUCAUUUGUUACUGUUCUGAUUUCUUUUCACCGUAUCCAUUGUUAUCUAUCAUUGUGCCACUGUUGCCACACUGGAAUUUCCUGACUGGUAUAAAAAAAAUGUUUCUUGUAUUUGUCAGAUUGCUUUGAUUGAAGGUUGUUCACUUUAUAAAAACAUUAACUUCCAGGAACUAAUUCCAACAGCAGAGCAUUUUUUGGGGGGCAUGUCUGAAGCACUAUAUAUUCUUCACUUAUUUUUUGUUUUAUAAAAUGCUGAAGUGGGGCUGCUACGCUCAUGAGAUGUGCUCCACAAAUACAGAUUGACACAAUUGGCUGAGGCAAAUUCAGAUUAAAUUAUGGAUUUUGGCAAGGUACAUCUUGUGAUCCAUUGACAGAGAGGUCGGUAAAGAUGGUGUGCUUGGAAAAUAAAAACAUGGUAGAAAAAGUACAUUAUUUUGAAAAUUCGAUCACAGGAACCAGGACUUCCAGUAUUUUUGUUUGAAAAUUAAAAAGCCAGACCCUAUGUGACAAAAGACUACAUCUAACAAACAUGACAGACGUGUGUUAAUUGGUUUGAAAGGUUUUCUUGUUGACACUCCCUCUUUAUUUGCACCCUACUCACUUGUUUUCAAAAAGUGUAACGUGUUUGCUGAAGUGGAAGGAUGAGCUGGAGCAGUUAAUGACACUUCCACAGAAGUUAAGAACAAGAGUAACCAUUUGG